AUGAGUGCCAAGCCACUGCUCGAGCGCUUGCUAAGCCUCCAAGAGGACUCUGCCGCCAGGCAGUCCAAUGUGCCUUCGCAAGCCACCACAAACCCCCAAGUCGGCCUCUUGAGCCCGGAGGAGAAGAAGAUGACAGAAAUAGGCACUAUGCUCAAGGAUAGGGCCACAAUCACCGUCAAAGAUCCAGACAAUGGGAAUCUCAAGAUGAUAGCCACGUUUAGCGCCUGGGGAGGUAACCUAUUUGCCGAAGCUAAGGAGAAGCUCAAAGCCUGCCAGAAAGAUCUCGAUGCCAAGGUCGAGCUUCUUGCAUCCCAGGAGAAACAAACCAUUGCUGAGAUGACAGAUGCCGAAAAGGCCAUUGACUACCCCCUUGGGGAUUCGCUCGUUCAGGACAAUCAUAUUGCAACAGAUGAGCCCAUUUCUCAUACGCAGAGAUCGCUUGCCGAUGCCGUUCAGGCUGCCUCGGUUCGGUUGAAGACUGUCAACGACGAGCUCAACGCCCUCUAG